CCGUCGAAUUGAGUCGAGGAGGAGACGUGGCAGCCGCCGGCGCUCCAGUCCACCGCCACCGCCGCCGGCAAGAACCAUGGCCACAUUUAUUCGCCCCAGCUAGCAACCGACGGCCGAUGCCCAAUUAUUAACCGCCCGCCGGCCAUUCCCUCCCCUCCCCUCUCCACCCAACGGCUAUGGCGUUCCCGUCCACGCUCCUCCUCCUCCUCAUUGCCGCCGUGCUGCUGCCUCUCCCCGCCGCGCUGUGUAAGCCCACGCGCACCCUCUCUCUUCUCGCCACCCCGCUCUCGCCGGACCCUGUCACCACUCCCGCCGCCUCUCAGUCUCUGGACCAGCAGCAGCUCAGCCUCGCCGCGCACGACGGCAACGCCUCCACGCUCCACUUCCGCCUCGCCCACCGCGAGGACUUCGCGCUCAACGCCACCGCCUCCGAUCUGCUCGCGCACCUCCUCGCGCGGGACGCCGCGCGCGCCGGCGGACUCUCCUCCCUGCUUGCCGCCGUAGGCAAUGCCACGCGCCCGCGGCGGCGCGGCGGCUUCGCGGCGCCCCUGCUGUCCGGCCUGCCUCAGGGGAGCGGAGAGUACUUCGUGCAGGUCGGCGUCGGCACUCCCGCCACGGCCUCGCUCAUGGUGCUCGACACCGGCAGCGACGUCGUCUGGCUGCAGUGCGCGCCCUGCCGCCACUGCUACGCGCAGUCCGGCAGGAUCUUCGAUCCGCGCCGCUCGCGCUCCUACGCCGCCGUCGACUGCGUCGCGCCCAUCUGUCGCGGCCUCAAUUCCGGUGGCUGCGACAGGCGCCGCAACUCGUGCCUUUACCAGGUCGCGUACGGCGACGGCUCCGUCACCGCCGGGGACUUCGCCUCCGAGACGCUCACCUUCGCUCGGGGCACUCGCGUGGCGCGCGUGGCCAUCGGGUGCGGCCACGACAACGAGGGGCUCUUCAUCGCCGCGGGCGGGCUGCUCGGCGUCGGCCGUGGCAAGCUCUCAUUCCCCACCCAGAUCGCCCGCCGCUACGGCCGAAGCUUCUCCUACUGCCUCGUGGACCGGACGUCGUCGGUGAAACCCACCUCCACCCGCUCCUCCACCGUGACGUUCGGCGCCGGCGCCGUGGCCGCAGCUGCACGCGCGUCCUUCACCCCGAUGGGCAGGAACCCCAAGAUGGCGACCUUCUACUACGUGCACCUCCUGGGCUUCAGCGUGGGCGGCGCGCGCGUCAGGGGCGUGUCCGAGUCCGACCUCCGCCUCAACCCAGCCACGGGGCGCGGCGGCGUCAUCCUGGACUCCGGCACGUCGGUGACCCGGCUGGCCCGGCCCGUGUACGCGGCCGUGCGCGACGCGUUCCGCGGCGCGGCGGUGGGGCUCCGGCUGUCCCCCGGCGGGUUCUCGCUGUUCGACACGUGCUACAACCUGAGCGGGCGGAGGGUGGUGAAGGUGCCGACCCUGUCGAUGCACUUCGCCGGCGGCGCGGAGGUGGCGCUGCCGCCGGAGAACUACCUGAUCCCGGUGGACACGAGCGGGACCUUCUGCUUCGCGUUGGCGGGCACGGACGGCGGCCUGUCGAUCAUCGGCAACAUACAGCAGCAGGGCUUCAGGGUGGUGUUCGACGGCGACGGCCAGCGCGUCGGCUUCGUGCCCAAGAGCUGUUAAAGCCGGAUCGACUUGCACAAACAAUGGUGUCUUGCUUGAUGCUGCGAAUUACUCUACAGUAUGUGUGUGUAAAGUAACACAGGGACAGGGUUUGGUUAAAAGAUAAAUCAAACUCUUCUGUGAAUCGGUUGCCUGGUCAAUUUGUAUCGAGUUCGUUAAUUGUUAAUCAAACUUUCAAUA